UCUGGUGUAAACAAAGAACUCAUUGAUCAGAAGAAGUAUCUUGAGGAGUCUUGCCAGCCCAAAUGUGUGAAGCCUCUGAUUGAAUAUCAGGCAUGUGUUAAGAGGGUUGAAGCUGAUAACAAUGGCGAGAAGCAUUGUACAGGCCAAUACUUUGAUUACAUAUCUUGUGUUGACAAAUGUGUUGCGCCGAAGUUAUUCGGAGCACUCAAGUAGCUGAGUGGCAGUUUUAGGGUCUCGCAUCCAUUAAUCGUUACUGUUUUACGGUGCAUAUUAUUUUUGAACUUGUGCUCUGAUGUUCGUCGUUUUUGUUUUCAGCAACAUGGUUAAGAUGUUGAGAGGUAUUGAAUUAGAAUAAAAAGAAAAGAGUUUUUUUAACUCGAAGGUCCUCAAAAUUAUACCUAAGUUGUAUUUUGAUUUUUCAACUAAAUUAUUCGU